AUGAUCGGCCCUACGUGUGCUUCUCGUGCAAGUAUCGCGACAGUUUCCUCAGUCUCUCGCCCGACCGCCUCGUCAUCACAGGCCACAAACGCCUUCGCGACACACUGCGCCGAAAAGGAUCGCUGGUACUUCGAGGUCGAGGUGCUGCCGAACGAAACUGCCAACCUGCGCUUCAUCGGAUAUCCGCCUGAGCCACAGGCUAGACUCAAGGCUCACUGGAGAGUGGGCUGGGCGUGCCGGUACCAAAAGUACGACUCGCCGAUCGGCGGCAACGCUCACUCGUUCGCGGUCUGCGGCGCGAGUGGAGAACUUCCUGCGCUGGUUACCGGGGGGCUGCCGCGGCCUGUCGAGGCCCUCACGGGGAACCCUGCGGAGCUGCAGGAGUUGAAGGAGGGCGACGUCAUCGGGUGCUUCCUCGCGCUGCAUGAGCCGAACUGGUGGCUGCCCGAUCCGCGAAAGGACCAAAAGCUGUACGAGUUUCUUCACGCGGGAAUCAUGUGCAGCCCCGACGCACCUCCACCGUGCGUUGUCAACAAAGGCGCGUGGAUCGAAUUUUCCAUCAACGGCCAGCGACUUGGAAGGGUUUUCGAAGGCCUCAUCGGGAAUGGCGCGUAUCACCCCGCAGUGUCUCUGUACAUGGGGGCCAAGCUGAAAAUCAAUCCAGGCCCGGACUUCGCGUUUCCCCCCGAUCCUUCAGAGGGUUUCCAGCCGUGCAGCGAAAUGCGGCGACCCUACAUUCCCUGA